AUGCCUCCACAAAGCAAAAAGAAGAAGAUUUCGCCAGCUUCUGCCGCCGCUUCUGCCGCGGAGGAGAAGAAGAAGAAGAAGACAAAGAGUAAAACGGCGCCGAAAUCGACAAAAGCCGCCAACAGUGGUGAAGAUUCGGAAUCGAACGAAGAGGAAGAAGACGAUGAAGAAGACGAGGAUGAAUCCGACGUCGACGGCGAAGACGACGACGAUACGUUUAUAGACGUUGAAAUUGAAUUCGUCACUCCGAAAGAGGAACACUUCUUAAACUUGAAAUCCUAUCUCACUGCCUAUUGCGACGGGAGUCAAUACAACGUUUCCGAGUUGGUCGAUAUGAUAUUGAAACAAGACGACGUCGGUUCGGUGAUUGCCUCUCGAGUGAGCGCGGAAGAAGAGGAAGAUCCUUUGGGCGUAAUGACGGUGAUCAGUUUGGAUAAGGCGAAAGAGUUCAAGUGUUUGCAGGAAAUCAAAGCGCACAUUGUGAAAAAGGCCCCGAAAGAGGAAGCGAAGUUGGUUCGAGACGCUCUGAACGCCAAGAAAACUGGUUUGAUUCUUUCAGAGAGAUUAGUCAACGUGCCGCAAGAUAUCGGUGGACCGUUGAUAAAACACUUGUUCGAUGAAAUCAAAUGGGCAGUGAAGGAUGAAAAGAAAAAAGAGUUUGAUUUCGAUCAGUAUGUAUUAGUAUCGCGUUGCUUCUUGGAUACGUUCACACCGCCGCCGUCCGUGGCCGGUGGUGGCAAGAAAAAUAACAAUAAGAAACGAAAGAAGGGAGAAAAAGAAGAAGAAGUUACCGAAUUAGUGUUUCCAAAUCUGGAAGAUGAGAUAUUUUAUGAAGAGUCGCAGUGGAGUUUUAUGUGGGAAGCCGGCGGCGAGGACAAGCCGCAGGAGUUUGAAGACUCAAAGCCGAUGCGGAUGUGUAUGCUCAUAGAUGCGAAGGACGUGGGAACAAUCUGCGAGGACGUCCAGGAAAUGUUUUUAGCUCUUAGUGUCGAGAACGCGGAAGAUUAG